AUACUCUCGUGUCCCUUACCGGCUUCCACUUCAGUCUAGUCGUCGAGAGGCGUCAGCCACAGCAGCAGACUUCAGCGCGAAGCGAACUGCUUUUUUUUUUAAUCCCCGCAUCCGGGUCUAAUGGACAAACUCUUUGUAAAUGCUUUUUAAGAAUCCUCACUCUAGGAAAACGCACACUGGCUCCUCAGCAGGCCCCGGCCUCGAGUCUUAUUUGAAGGGAUUUAACCUCACUGGUGAACCACCUUGGCUUCUCUGCACCUGAGCAACAGAAGCACUAAAUUCCAUCUCUAUCAUAUUCAAUUUGCUAGUGACCAAUCAAAAGGACUUCUUGUGACCAUGAACACUGCCACUCCCACAGAGUUUGAAUUCUCCUUCCUGGAGGAGGGUUUCUCUGCCCGAGAUAUUGUUGAGCAGAAGAUAAAUGAGUCAUCCAUGACUGAUGACAGGGAUGCCUUCUAUGUCUGUGACCUGGGAGAUGUGCUAAAGAAGCACAUGCGCUGGGUGAGGGGCCUGCCUCGUGUCACUCCUUUCUAUGCCGUCAAAUGUAAUGACAGCCGCGCUGUAGUUAUGACACUGGCGUCUCUGGGAACCGGCUUCGACUGUGCAAGCAAGACUGAGAUUCAGCUGGUUCAGUCUCUGGGAGUGGAUCCAAGCAGAAUCAUCUAUGCCAAUCCCUGCAAGCAAGUUUCUCAGAUCAAGUAUGCUUCUGCCCAUGGGGUCCAAAUGAUGACCUUUGAUAGCGAGGUGGAACUCAUGAAGGUGGCCCGCUGUCAUGACAAUGCCAAGCUGGUGCUACGUAUUGCCACAGAUGACUCCAAAGCAGUGUGCCGUCUUAGUGUGAAAUUUGGGGCCCCACUCAAAGCUUGUCGGGGUCUUCUGGAGCGGGCUAAAGAUUUGGGGUUGGAUGUGAUUGGCGUCAGCUUCCAUGUUGGCAGUGGCUGCACUGAUCCUGAGACCUACACUCAGGCUAUUGCUGAUGCCCGCUGUGUCUUUGAUAUGGGGGAUGAGCUGGGCUUCAACAUGGACCUGUUGGACAUUGGAGGUGGUUUCCCUGGUUCAGAUGAUGCUGAACUUCAGUUUGAAGAGAUCACAGCAGUAAUCAACCCAGCACUGGACAAGUAUUUUCCUGCUGACACUGGUAUUAAGAUCAUUGCUGAGCCAGGACGCUUUUAUGUGGCCUCUGCUUACACACUGGUUGUCAACAUCAUUGCCAAGAAGGUCAUCAUGGAUGAGGAGUCAGGCUCAGCCUCUGAUGAGGAAGACGAAGGGACCAAUGAUAGGACACUGAUGUACUAUGUCAACGAUGGAGUGUACGGAUCCUUCAACUGUAUACUUUAUGACCAUGCUCACUGUCUGCCAACGCUACACAAGAAGCCAAAGCCAGAUGAGGUCAUGUACCCUUGCAGUAUCUGGGGUCCAACAUGUGAUGGCCUUGAUCGCAUUGUUGAGCAGUGUGACCUGCCUGACCUUCAAGUGGGUGACUGGCUGGUCUUUGAGAACAUGGGUGCCUACACCGUGGCCGCCUCCUCCACCUUUAAUGGUUUCCAAAGACCUGACAUACACUAUGUCAUAUCCCGCCCUGCCUGGCAAUGUGUGCAGCAGAUCUGUUCCCAGGGCCUGCCAGCUCCUGCGGAGGAGUCUUGUUUGUUUGAAGUGCCAGCCUGCUGUGGCCGAGAGAGCAGCUUGGAGAUGCCCACUAAGCCCUGCCAGGCCCAUGUGGUUUAAGCAAACUGUACAUCACAUACAUUACAGCAAUGUUUUAGCUUCCUCUGUUUAAUUAUUUAAGGGGGGACUGUUUUUUUUAUUUUAUUUUAUUUCAUUUCAUUCCCCCACAUCAUUUCUCCCAAAUGUAUAUGAAAAUUCAAGGCCAGUUACUUGACAGGAGAAUGAGAGGGACAUGUUUGCACAAAUCUGCGUUCUGUAUGGAAGCUGGGGAUCAACCCUUACUGAUAUGAGGCUGAAUCACACUCUGAGUGUCUCUGUGUGUUCCAGGUAGUGUGGCAGGGCAACUCUGAACUUGUUGCUACAGUUUUAUUGCCCUAAUUUGGGGAAAAGACCGUAAGAAGUACUGUAAUUCGCAAAGAACCGAUCUACUGAACUGGAAGGAAUGGGGGAAGGGGAACUUGUAGGGGAAUUUGAAACUGUAGCAGUAAUCAAAGAGAUGGAGGUUAACCAGUGCUUUUACUAAUGUCAUUAAGAGUAUGACGGAUUGUUUCCAAGUUAGACAUAGUUUAUUAUUGAAUUGUUGACCCUUCAAAGCCCUGUUAACAGCUGAAGUCGCUUCCUAGCUAGUAACUCGCAAAGAGGUGGUUGGAGGGUGAUUUAAAUCCUCAAAAAAUGGCUGCUAUGUUAAUAUUUAUAUUUUCCAUGAUCUCCACUUCUGUACAGAACCUGUUAAGUGUUAGUCCUCAAGAUUUUUCUUUUUCUAACCAGUGUUCAUAAUAUAGCAAUACAGCGUUUUUGUGUUCUGUAUGUUUCUUUGAAUAUACAGUUACACAGAAACUCAGAGGAAAUCCACACAUGCAGCACAUUCUGCGUGCCAAAACACUAUAGUGUGUCUCUGUGCUGAUUAUGGCUGCAGCAUUUGAAACCACUUGUCCAACAGCAUUAUAGAUACAUGCACCGGAGAGCUACCCAUGCAUUUGUCUUGGUCACCAGAUCCUACAGGUGCCACCAAAAACAGAUCUUCAAGAUUAACACUUAAAACACAGGGACUCAAGAAGCAGACUGCACCUCUCCUCUUCUCCUACACAUCUAUCUAUCUAGAUAUAUCUAUCUAUAUAUCUCUUUCUCUCUAUAUAUAGAUAGAUAUAAUACACACACAUUAUUUUUUUUGUAACCUAUAGAGAAGGCAAGAAGACCAUUCAUGAUAUUAAUAUGAAACUGUGUAUAACCACAUUUGAAAUGGAUAUGAAAGAGACGGGAUUGCAAAUUCAUAAUGCUUUCCUAUGGAAAAUUUUUGAAGUUUUGUAUUUUUUUAAUAAAUAAAACAUUAGGUGCAGAGCCAAA